AUGAACGCGUGGCAAAUAGACGGGAAGAAACCUAUACGCGAGCAUCCCAAGGACGACGACUCCCUGCCCAAUUACGUCGAAAGCAAACUCGGCGAGCGGGAAGAAUCGCGUGGAGGCAAUAGUAAUAGCAACACCAACCGUGGCAAGGCCAGCUUGGGCAGUGGCGGCAAGAGCCAUGCCACGGGAGAGAGCAUCGUUCCCGAGUCGGUGCAGCGUGUGGCGCCGGAGAAGUUGGAAAAGGCACUGCCGGAGAGUGUGCAUCCUACAAAGGGAAGCGAGAUCGAUCCUGAUCCAAACCAGAAUAAGAGUGCACGGUAG